GCGUCGUAGUACAAAGAAAAAAAAAGAGCAUAAAUCGGAAAGCAAAUGAAAAUGAGGACUUCCUUCGGAACUCGUUUUCGCAUUCACUUCCUCUGCAUUUCCACCACCGCCCUAUUUAUCACUGCUUCUCUUGCUUACCAUCACCAUCAUCAAGGAGGAGGUGAAGAAGAAGAAGAAAGUCUGAUCGCAAUGGCAACUCUCGGAGGCGUCAAGGAAUCGGAGGGGUUCCAGAACAGCGUUGAGAUCGAGGAUCUCGCUCGGUUCGCUGUGGAAGAGCACAACAAGAAGGAGAAUAAACUACUAGAGUUUGCAAGGGUUGUGAAGGCCAAAGAGCAGGUAGUGGCAGGCACUCUGCAUCACUUGACUGUGGAGGCAAUUGAUGCCGGAACUAAGAAGCUCUAUGAGGCCAAGGUCUGGGUCAAGCCAUGGCUGAACUUUAAGGAGCUUCAGGAAUUUAAGCAUGCUGGAGACUCGCCCUCACUUACUGCUUCUGACCUUGGUGUCAAGCGAGAUGGACAUGAACCUGGAUGGCGAAAUGUGCCUGCACAUGACCCUGUGGUCAAGGACGCAGCAAAUCAUGCUGUCACAACCAUCCAGCAGAGGUCCAACUCCAUUGUCCCCUAUGAACUUCUGGACAUCCUUCAUGCUAAGGCAGAGGUGAUUGAAGAUUCUGCCAAGUUUGAUAUGCUGCUUAAGCUUAAGAGAGGGAGCAAGGAGGAGAAAUUCAAGGUUGAAGUGCACAAAAACUUAGAAGGCACCUUUCAUUUGAAUCAGAUGCAGCAAGAACAUGUGGAUUCUGUUUGAAUGGUCUUGUUAAUAUGCGUAAGAAUGUGGAACUACUAACUAAAUGAAUGUCCUGGGUUUCUGUUGUCAGGAAACUUUGUUUGUUAUGAUAUUAUGUAAGCAUAAACGAUAACUACUAAAAUAAGUGUAACAGUUGAUGUUUGAACAAAUACAGUAUAUUCUGUUCAAGUAAACUGUUUGUUUGUUGGUUUGGACU